GUUGUUUCGAAGACACACCCUAAAUCCUCAUUAUCAGCAAGACACAUAAAAACAGAAACUUGCGGCAAACUUUCCCAAAGUCCCAACGGUUAAUAGUUUUGUGGGAUUAAACGGUCAAUUCUAUCUGGAAUCCUGGAAACGCGCAAAGUAGUAGUAACGUGAAGACGCACAAGCUGUUGCCCACGUCCGAAUGUGCAGGAGAGCCCACUGUGGUGUUGAUUUGCUAUUUUCUGUCGAUUCUGCAGCCUUGAAUAAACCAUCGUGGGCACGCCGUCGGAAAAUUACAGCGUUAUCUCCAAAAUGAGAUUGUGUCUCAGAGCAAGAUGGCUGUUCAUUCUGUUUGUGCUCCUGUUAAUUGUAAUAGGUUACAUCAGCAAGUUAUAUGUAAGGUUUUUUGGGCAUCCUGUGGAAAAAUGCCUUUUACCACCCAAUGUGAAGCUGAGACCUGGAAACCAUAUAGAUAACUCCCUAGACCUGUGGUCCAGGACUGAUGUUAAGACAUGCACGUUCUGGGGGGCACCUAUUAUGUGGGAAGGGAUGUUCGACCCGCAUCUCUAUGACGAAUAUCACAAAAACAUGGGAACCUCUGUGGCGCUCACUGUAUUUGCCAUUGGAAGAUACCUCAAAAUGUACCUUAAGGAUUUCCUGACCUCAGCAGAGCAGCACUUCAUGGUGGGACUGCCUGUGACUUACUACGUGUUCACGGAUGCCCCCGAUAGUGUGCCAGCGGUGGAGCUGGGCACCGGGCGGACGCUGGAGAUCGUGCAGGUUCAGCGGCACGAGCGCUGGCAGGACGUCUCCAUGAUGCGCAUGAGGACCAUCGCAGACGCCAUCGACUCCCGCAUCCGGCUCCGCCACCAAUACGUCUUCUGUCUGGACGUGGACCAAGUGUUUGCGGCGCGGUUCGGCUCGGAGGCUCUCGGCGAGUCCGUAGCCCUGCUGCACGCAUUCUUCUACCUCAGCUCAGCGGCGGAGUUCACCUACGAUCGCAACCCCAACUCCACCGCCUGCAUGGAGACCGGGGACUUCUACUACCACGCCGCCGUCUUUGGGGGCACGUGGCAGAGCGUGAAGAAGAUGACCGAGAGCUGCGACCGGGGCAUCAUGACGGACAAGAAGAACCAGGUCGAGGCCCUCUGGCAGGACGAAAGUCACCUCAACAAGUACCUCUACCAGCACAAACCCAGCAAGGUGCUUUCCCCGGAGUACUGCUGGUCCACGGAGGUUGGGUACAGGCGAGACGUUCGCGUCCAUCGACUGCUCUGGGCGGAAAAGUACUAUGACAUACUGAGGACAUAGGGCUAACGUGGUGUGGAGAACAUGUAGGACACAAAGAAAUCAAGGAAGCUUCGUCUACUCGUUAUAGGAGAA